AUGCGGCUCCAAACCCUAACGCAGACAGUUGGUCGGAACCGGCUCAAACCUGGCUUGACCUGCAUACUUGUGCGAAGGCAAUUGAGCCUGCUGAGCCCGCCAAAAUUCGAGAAUGAGAAAAUGCUCGAUUACGCGAAAGGGUCUCCAGAACGAGCGGAAUUGACCAAGACGAUCAAGAAGAUGAAAGAGGGAUUCCCAUUUAGAAUCCCAAUCACAAUCGACGGCACAGAGGUCCAAACGAAGCAGUCACUCGCUCAGCUGAACCCUUCCAAGCAUAGCGAGAUCGUGGCCAACUAUGCCUCCGCUACCUCCGUACAAGUGAAUACCGCCGUUGAUGCAGCCCUCAAGGCGAAACCCGCCUGGGAGGCCACCCCAUUUGAAGACCGAGCAGCCAUCUUCCUGCGUGCCUGCGAACUUCUCACGGGCAAGUAUCGCUCCGAGAUAGUCGCAGCUACCAUGCUCGGCCAGGGCAAGAACAUCUGGCAAGCUGAGAUUGAUGCAGCUGCGGAGACGGCGGACUUCUUCCGUCACUACAUUCAAGAGGCAUGGGCACUUUACGCUCAACAGCCGAGGGUUCACCUCGAUGGAAAUUGGAACAAACUUGAGUACCGGCCGCUGGAGGGUUUCACGUAUGCGAUUGCUCCAUUCAACUUCACUGCGCUGGGAGCCACGCUCGUCGGUCCGUCUGCGUUGCUUGGAAAUGUGGUUAUCUGGAAGCCUUCAGACUAUGCUAUUCACGCUAGCUGGCUACUUCACAAAAUUCUUCUCGAAGCUGGUCUCCCCAAAGACGUGAUUCAGUUCAUCCCCGGCGAUGCUGAGCAAAUCACAAAUGCCAUUCUCAAAAGACCCGAAUUCGGUGCUCUGACCUUCAUUGGAUCUACCGCCACAUUCAAAAGAAUCCAGAAGAAAAUCGGAGAUGGAAUUGGCCAGGGGAUUUACAAAUCUUAUCCCCGCGUUGUGGGUGAGACCGGUGGCAAGAAUUGGGGCGUCGUCCACCCCUCGGCAGAUGUGCGAAGCGCUGCUCUCAACACUAUCCGUGCUGCAUUUGAAUACCAAGGUCAGAAGUGUUCUGCCAAUUCACGGGUUUAUAUCGCCGAGUCCGUUUGGCCUGAGUUUCGAAAGCAUUUGGAAGAAGAGACUGCCGCGCUAAAGGUCGGGAAUGUUGAGGAUUAUAGCAACUUCAUCAACCCAGUGAUUCACGAGCGGUCCUUCGACAGGCUAAACAAGUUCAUCGAGGAUGCAAAGACAGACCCCGAGCUGGAACUCAUUCUUGGUGGUAAGGCAUCCAAGAAAGACGGAUACUAUGUCCACCCCACUGUUUACGAGACAUCCAACCCACGGCAUAGAAUAAUGUCCGAAGAGCUCUUUGGACCAUUGCUUGGUGUCUAUGUUUAUCCAGAUGCUGAAUGGGAGCAGACCCUUAGGUUGAUUGACACUACUUCACGCUAUGGCCUGACCGGCAGUAUUUUUGCCAACGAUCCAUAUGCCAGUCGCCAAGCGCAGACCAUUCUCAAGCAUGCUGCUGGUAUGCUAUACCUAAACACCAAAUGCACUGGUUCUACUGUGGCACAACAGCCGUUUGGUGGUAGCCGGGACUCGGGCACAAAUGACAAGACGGGAACAAUGGCCCAUUUGCAGAGGUUCGUCAGCACUCGAACAAUUAAGGAGGAAUUUGUGCCGUUAGAAAAAGUUCAGUAUCCUUCUAAUGAGAUUUAA